AUGGACCGCCUUCUCCGCCGGAAACCCGUGAAACCCGCAAAACCAGAACAAUACGUUCUCCGAGAUCCCAGCUACUACCAGCCCUCUCAGUUACAGUUGACCACCCGGACAGAGGAACAUUCUUCUCUCCACCGACCACCCGCCUACCACGAAAAUGUGGAAAAACCCACCGAAUCUGCUGUCGCUACAAUAAAAUCUCUCGAGGCAACUUACAAUCGUCGCUCCAGCUCUAUAAGCUACCCGUCGCCAAAGACCCAAAAUGGCGAAUUCAAGAGUCCUUCGAACUCGAAGCCGACCUCAACGGAACAAAUCCGCCCGCAACAAGAAAGCGCCCAUUUGCGUAGGCGCUCGACCACUACAGGAUCUAGAACUACAAACUAUGGCGCCGAAAACGUUGCCUCAAGCAGUCACCGAAACCCAGGAAACCCCUCCGAGCCGACUAGCCCUCAAGGCAAAACCACCAAUGGUAUCGAGGUCGCUGAGGCGACAAAUAUUUACACCAGCUACAAUGAAGCUUCUUAUCCUAUAAACGGCCAGGCCGCUGGGGUAUCCGAAACUCGAAGUCUAAGGAGUACCCGCCACAGCCGACACUCCGCCGAUAGCAAGCAACCUCACGCCGCGUGGACGAGGCUAUCAGGAUUCAAUGGAUUCGAAGAACCGUCGGCGGCUAAUUCACCAAACCCAUCCAUCCGACCCCCAAGUUUCGCCGACAGUCCCUCAAACCCAUCAAUUAGGCCGCCAAGCUUCGCUGAAAAUACGUCAAACCCGUCCAUUAGACCACCCAGUUUCGCCGACGUUGCUUUAACCCCACCGCAUGAGGAAUCAGCAAAAUUAGCAAAGCAAUUGUUCAAAGAAAAACUCCAAUGGUCGACAAACUCCCAACUCUUCCCCUCGGAGCCAACAUCACCUGAACCCCUCCCCGGGGCCGAAUCCGAUAUCCCACCUUGGGCAAGAACGGGCACCACAAGUCCAAUUUCAAUCGAAAAGGAUGACGAUGACCUCUCUAUCUGUUCUGAAGACUCAUAUGUCGAAAAGGAACGAACGAAAUACUAUGAAACAAUGAUCACAGAAGCCGUAAAUAUCAGAGAUUGGAAAGCAGCAAAAGGACAUGCCGCAAAAUUAAAGGAAAUAUUAGGUCUGCAAAAAGAACAAUCUAAACUCGACCUACAAGCUCAGUCGAAUUACUAUCUCCUUUGCGCGACAAUACAUUACAUGUUGGCAGAACUCGACGAUGCACUCUUCUGGGUUGGAAAGAUCCCGCAAAAGAAAUCAACGGACCCCAUUACUCUGAUGAAUAGAUUCAAUAUGGAAGCUGCUAUCGCUAUACGCAAAGGGGAUCUUAUCAAAGCCUUCGCGAUAUCAAGGAAGUCUGGGAAAUAUGGCAGGAAAUUCGGUCUUGAAAAGGAAACGAACCAUGCGCAUUAUCUUUCACAGCUCAUCUGCCUUAAGCGGGAAGAUGCCAGCGAAGCCCAAUUCUACGGACAAAUGAUCACAGAAAAGGAUUUCAAACUCCCCAUUUUCAUCGAAACUAUAGAUAGCCCACCCGAAGAUGAACCAGAAGAGGUAUACCCCGAAGAGCCCCUCCUAGAAACACCCCUCCUCCCACCCAAAGAUCCUCGAAGAUCCCCAAACAUCGGAGAAGCCCUCUUCUCAAAAGCGGGCCUUACCCUUCGCGAUCGUCCUAAACCCACAACCUCAAAGUUCACGGCCGAAUACCAAGGCGGAACCGUAAACUGGACGACUGGCAUCCGUCUGGCCAUCGAAGCCGAUGAUGAUUCCGAAUCUGCUUGCUACCUUUACCGCACCGUCUACAUAAACGAACCCAUCAACUCCCCCGCAAACACUCCAGACAACCCCUACCCAACCAAUCCAAACUCUUCCCCCCUCGAAUACGCAAUCUUAACCUACAAAAACUACGCCGCAAUGGCAAUAAUCAAACAAAAGAAAGCAAAACUAGAAGACGACUCCUUCGAAUCCCAAAUAAUCCAAGUUGCAGUCAGCCGCGAUUGUCUCCCCGUCAUAGUAGCUUUACUCCAAGCUGGUGUAGACCCUGAUAAAGUCGGUACUGUCGAUAAAAUCACCGCGUUCGAAAAGGCCGCUUCGGCAUCGCACUAUAAGGCUUGUCAGUACCUCUUAGCCCAUGGCGCCGAUCCUUUGAAAAUUGGGCCGACACAGAAGAAUGCGUUGAAGCUCGCGAUACAAGGAAAUUUGACACCAGCUCGUGAGAAGGUUAUCAAAUUAUUGCUUGGUAGUUUGAAAUCGAAAGAAGACUACAAAGCAGUAGCAGGAUAUCUGAAGGCAUUUAACAUCAAGAAGGAUUUAGGAACUCCGGAGUCGAUCUAUCCAAAAUCAUUCUUACAGCCGAACCCAGUUUGGAACAGUCAUAUUACUAGGUUGAUUACAGAGUAUCUGGAGACUUUUAGUCAUUUGAAGGAGGAAUGA